GGCAGGAGGGGGGGUAGCGAGCGCAAUGUCGGAACUCAGGAGGGAGCGCGCGCAGGCAGGGGUUAGUGCAGGCGCUCGACAAGCAGAGGCGGGGCCGUCGACCAGUUCGGGCGUGAGGGCGGAGGCACUCCCGCAGUCUCGACAAGCGGACGCAAGCGGAAGUGCAGCGCCUUUUGUUAACGAUGCUUAUAACCUGUGGGUAGAGCAGCGGCGCGAGUGGGUAGGCAACCGGGCCCGUCAACGACCCGCCCGGAGGCAGCCUGCGAUCAGCCCGGAUGCUACGUACGAAGACCUGUUGACCACCAGCCAACCGUUUGCACAGCCAAUACCGCUUCCGGAGAUGGUCGAUUUUCUCGUUGACGUCUGGGAUCAAGAUGGCCUGUACGAUUAGCGAGGGGAUUCCGAGAGUGAGUACGUCUGGGUUCAAGUAAGCAGUUCUGGUGAGGCUUGCGGGCCUCGAGUCUGUGUUCCAAAACAUAAAGUAAGGGUGCUUAUGUUGAUGAGAUUAUGGCGGUGAGUACGAACUUUGCUUCUGUCCCAAGCAAGGCACCUUGCGCCCUCGUAAGAGUGGACCCCGAGGACUUGCUGAUUUAGAUACAGUGGCUCGCUGCCCGGCCGCGACCUGUUGUAAGCUUCAUCAGUAAUAAAGCCAGUAUUUCGGGUUAAGCUCUAGUGGUAGGCAAGUUGCUGCUUUGACACACUUUAGCGUCCAAGAAUACUGAAAGGCCAUGAACUAUUUCAGCUAAGCCACGACGAACAGGUGACUUGCUGGUGAUGUCAAAUUUGUGUGCCUGUGCGCCCGCUAUUGUACCAUUUGCGGCGCUUUAGCAGAUUCCGAUAGCCAGUCAAUCGCGUCCUACGUUGCUCGGCAAUAUCUCCCGACGAUACGGUGG